AUGAAAGCGAAGGAAGGGGUCGAGGGUGAUGAUGAGGGGUUGGUAAUCAAGGCGGGCAAGCGAGUGCGAAGGGUGGAAUUGCGGAUCGGAGGCAUGACCUGCGGAGCAUGUGUCGCUUCUAUCGAAUCCAUGCUCAAGGCUCAGCCGGGGAUCGUCUCGGUCCAGGUCGCUCUACUCGCUGAGCGGGGAGUGGUCGAAUACGAUGACGAGUUCGUUGCGGAAGAUGGCACCCGAUGGGACUCUGCUCGGGUCGCGGAAGAAAUCGAGGACUGUGGGUUCGAUGCCGAAGUUGUCGAGAGGGGUCAAAGUCAGACUGUGGAACUCAGGGUUUAUGGUCUCGCAAAUGAGGGUCAGGCUACCUCGAUCUCUGAAUUCAUCUCAACCCUCGCAGGCAUAGAGAGCGUUACUUUCCUCUACCCAUUCGAAUACAUCUCGCUGGUACACUCGCCCACCCUUAUUACUCUGCGACUGAUCGUCGACUCGCUUGCGAAAAGCUACCCCAACUUGACGGUCCUGCCAUCGAACUCUUCGACGGACGACGCUCAGCUCGCCUCGUUGCAAAAGCUACACGAGAUUGCCGUCUGGCGUAGGUCAUUCUGGUUGAGCGGACUCUUUGCGGUGCCAGUCUUCAUCGUCAGCAUGAUGGCCAUGUGGCUUCCGCAUUGGCUGAUGGGAUGGACCAUGUCAAAGUUGUGCAGAGGGAUCUACCUCGGCGACGUUGUAGCCCUGCUGUUGACACUGCCUGUGCAGUUUGGAUUAGCCCGCCGAUUCUACCGCAACGCCUGGAAGAGCGUCAAGCACGGCGCGGCGACCAUGGAUGUCCUGGUCGUCAUGGGGACGUCGUCUGCAUUUGCUUAUUCAAUCUUUGCCAUGCUGGCAGCAAUGUUCAACUCGGACGAAUCCUACCGGCCGCAAGUCUUUUUCGACACUUGCACUAUGCUUGUCUUUUUCGUAUCUCUCGGAAGGUACAUCGAAAACAUGGCCAAGGGCAAGACUUCAGUCGCUCUCACCGAUCUGAUGUCCUUGACGCCAUCCUCGGCGACCAUCUUCAUCGAACCUGCCAGCGGACACGCUGGAGAGACAGGCGGAGAGACGAGGAAGAUCCCGACCGAGUUGCUUCAAGUUGGCGAUGUCGUCUUACUCGUUCCCGGAGAGAAGAUUCCGGCCGAUGGUGAGGUCGUGUCCGGGUCGUCCUCGGUCGAUGAAAGCAUGGUUACUGGCGAGGCCAUCCCCAUUCUGAAGCAUAUCGGGUCCAAUGUCAUUGGAGGGACCGUCAAUGGUUUGGGCACGAUCAACGUUGAAGUCACUCGCGCUGGACGAGACACCGCGCUCGCCCAGAUUGUCAAGUUGGUCGAAGAGGCUCAAACCAGCAAAGCGCCUAUUCAAGAGUUCGCAGACCGGGUCGCGGGAAUCUUUGUACCUGUUGUCAUGACGUUGUCGCUCCUGACUUUUAUCAUCUGGAUGAUCGUUUCACAUCGGUCGAACGCAUCGACUCUACCCGACAUCUUCACUACUCCAGGCGCUACGAAGCUCUCGGUCUGUCUCAAGCUUUGUAUCUCCGUCAUCGUGGUCGCUUGCCCGUGUGCUCUCGGCUUGAGCACGCCCACGGCCAUCAUGGUCGGAACCGGCGUAGGAGCCAGGAACGGUAUCUUGAUCAAGGGAGGCAAGGCACUCGAAGCCUGCAAGGAUGUCAGAAGAGUCGUUCUGGACAAGACCGGUACCGUCACGGAGGGACGUAUGAAGGUUGUGUCAGUCAACUGGCUGCCUUCCAACAAACUUACGGUCGGAGCUCGGCCGCCUACGACCAAUUUAGGUGAUGACCACAUGGACACAGCAGCUACCCUGAGCCACACCACUGCGGACUCUCAUACCCAGCGUUACGUAGUACUCUCCCUGCUCGCUCUCGCCGAAGCCCGUUCGGAACACCCCCUCGCUCUGGCGAUUGCCAUGUACGGGCGGGACAUGCUACUCGAAGCUGGUCUAUCCGCUCCCGAUGGCGAGGUGGUCGAUUUCGUUAGCGGGACCGGUCAAGGCCUCGAAGCCGUUAUCCGGCUCGCCAACGGAAGAGGCGAAGCGAGAAUCCGGAUCGGCAAGAAGAGCUUUGUUGCUGGAAAGGAUGGCAUGGACGAUGCCGAAAAGGGUGAAGCGAAUGGAUUCCCUCAACAACUGGAAACAUUUGAAAAACAGCAAAUGGGCCGAGCGAGGACGGUUGUGUUUGUGUCCCUUUUACCAGUUGAUCUGGCGGGACAAGACCGCUCGACCGCUGCUGUGCCGAUCAUGGCGAUCUCCUUGACCGACUCGCCCAAGCCUUCUUCGAUUACCGCCAUUCGUUCGCUGAAAGAAAUGGGAAUCAAGGUUACGAUGCUUACUGGAGACGCCAGAGAGACUGCGCUCGCUAUGGCUCGUGAAGUCGGUCUGAACGAGAACGAGGUAUAUGCGGGUGUUAGUCCCAAGGGCAAGGCCAAGAUCAUUACCGAUCUCAUGGAGCGGGACAACGGAGGCGUCGCUAUGGUCGGGGACGGUAUCAACGAUUCACCAGCUCUUGUCGCGGCCUCGCUUGGGAUCGCCCUUUCGACCGGUACUUCGGUCGCCAUUGAAGCGGCCGACAUUGUACUGAUGCGAUCAGACCUCCUGGACGUCGUCGCCGCGCUGGACCUCGGACGCACGAUCUUUAAAAAGAUCAAAAUGAACCUGCUCUGGGCCUGCUGCUAUAACUUGUUGAUGAUCCCGCUGGCUAUGGGCGUCUUUCUGCCAUGGGGAUGGCACUUGCACCCGAUGAUGGCCGCCUUUGCCAUGGCAUUCUCGAGCGUCUCCGUCGUUGGAUCUUCCCUGAUGCUGAGGUGGUGGCGACGUCCGGCAGGUUCCGUUUUGCCUGGCCAGACGGUCGAGGCUGGAGGUAUCGUACUCGGCUUGCACGAACUGGCCGACGACACGCGAGACUUUUUCGCCAACGCUGCCAGGACUCUGGUAGACAACAGAGGUCCUGGUCGGCUCAACCGGCUUCUUCGACGCAAGAACAGCCGCACUCCGACGGAGAACUAUGAGGUCCUGGCGAUCUCGUCGUCGGACGAUUUGAGGACGGAAAGAAUGGCCUGA